AUGAAGAACAGCAAAGUCAGUCAAGAUACUAAGGAUGAUUUAAGCAGUAAAGAUGAAGAACAUUUUAACAAUGAAGAAGAAAAACAAGAUUCUGACAGUGAAUUUCGACAGUCAGCCAAAGGUCAGUCAUCAUGUGACUUUAUUACUGGCACGUGGAGUGACAUCUGGUUUUCUGGUCAGUUGACACUUGCCAUUGGAUUUGGCACGUGGAGUGACAUCUGGUUUUCUGGUCAGGUUUAUAAUCAGGAUAACUACACAAAUUUGGCAGCCGUUUGCAAAGAUCACUCAAAGACAAUAAAGACUUUAAGGACUUUUUGGUCGGUUGAGCCGACUCCAAUCUCAACUCAAAG